AUGAGCCUUGUCGAUGAGACUUCCUUUGCCACGAACUAUCUUGCAUCGCUUAGCUCUCUCCCCGUAAGAUAUCAUGCUGAUUUCGUUCCUCCAACCUGGACAAAGUCAAGGGCAGCUUCAAAGACUCCGUCAGUGCCAAGACCAAAGACUGCUGAGAAAGCAAAACAGCAAGAGACUUUGCAAGAUGCAGGCCGACAAAUCCAGGUCAAAGUAAAACGUCUGAAAGGCGGGCAAAUCUACACAAUCGAUAUGCCUUCUUCUUCAACUGUGUUAGAAUUAAAAGAAAAACUCCACCCACUCUCUUCCGUUAGUCCUGCCAACCAACGUCUAAUUCUCAAGGGUAAAGCUCUACACGAUACAAAACCACUGUACGAGUAUGAUGUUGGCGAUGCGAAUGUUAUUCAUCUUGUUGUAAAGAGUAAUGCUCAGUCAGUUGAUGUAACACCGGAGAGAGAAAAUGGAUCAAACAAGUCAAGCUUGGAUAAGAUGAAAAGUGAUGCAUUUUGGAAUUCGUUGCAUGCAUUCUUGGGAGAGCAGUUUCCUAAUAGUGACGAUGUCGAACGUGUGUAUAAUGUAUUCAAAAAAGGGUCUAAAGAAUUGGUUAAUGAAUGA